AUGAUCACACGCAACUUUGUCAUCUACGUUGCAAUCUUCCUUUUCUGUCGUUAUUUCUCGUCUGACGAACUCACGGCGCUCUCGUUAUUAUUCUACCUGUUCCAGCUCUCGGUUCUUUGGCAAACGAGGCUCCAUCCUAUGGCUCUACGAUUCCCACCCAUAGACUUGCAACCAGUGAGUCGGCCGUUCUUCUCCCAGGAUCAGUCGGAGGGCAACUCGGCAUACUAUGAUCGCUUCGAUGAUCUGGCUCAAAGACCCGGUACCUCCGAUCGACUGGAGGCGCUGCGUUUCCUUGACCGGGUGGUGAACUACCUUGGCGAACGCCCGCACGACGAGGCCACCUACGAAAAUUUCUUUCAGCGGAUCUGCGAGCUCGGCCAAGACGAUGAAGCCGAAGUGCGCACGCGGCUUUUGGAAUACCUGCCGAUGCUGUUUGACGAGAUGCGAAAGUCGCCAAAAUUGGACCCUUACGUCGAUCGAUGCCUUACGCCGCUGCUAACAAGUGAGCUGAGGAAUUCCGCGGUGGUCAGGAAAGCUGCCCUAGAUGCUAUCGGCUUACUGUUGGAACAGCGACUAUUUUCCCCCGAAUCCCUCAAGCACCUCCUGGUUCCUACGCUUUUCUUGACGCUCGAAGAGCCAUCCAUUUUCGAUGAUAACUCGUCAACAAGCGGCAGUUUUGCCGAAGAGCUCGGAGUUGAAACGACCACGGUCAUCUGUCGCGUCAUCGGCAUGCAGUGCAUCGAUGACAAAGAGUGGAUCUUCCAAAACUUCGUCCCCAAGUACUCGCAGUUUCUGAUCGAAAAGCCGGCCACUUUCUACAUGCGAAAAACAGCUCUACAAAUCUUCGGCGAAUUGGCUCGCAACUUCGGCCAGGGCUUUGUGGAAAAGUUCCUGGUCCCUCAUCUCGUGUCGCUGGCCAAGGAUGCCGCCUGGGGUGUGCGGAAGGGCGUCGUCGAGAUUUUCGUCGAAAUGGCGGCGUACUCCUCGCCAGCCGUUCGCCGCGAGCUGCUUGUGCCUGCGUUUAUGCGUUUGCUCAAGGACGAUGUCACCUGGGUGAACAUGGUGGCCAUUCAAGAACUCGGCAAGCUGAUCUCCAUCUUUGCUGAAAGCAAAUUCAGCGGCCUCGCUCUGGAGGAUGGAAAGAUCGUCACAUGUUCCGAGGUCGAAGAUGCCCCGGCUGUCUUGCCACUGCUUGAUGAAUACGCCAAAAUACCGGCCGGGGCCUUUAUGCCUGCAAAAUCCGUGAACGGCAAGCCACCCAGCAGGCUGGAUUCUGGAAUGAUGUCGCAGUGGGAUGGUAGUGAUGGGCCCAAGAAAGGAGCCAUCCCCGUAACGGCUGCCGCGAUGGGCUGCUGUUCGAGUUUUGACGAUUUGAGCAGUCUGGGCCGCGAUGACGAGGAUUAUGAGAUGCUUGAAGAAGAUGAGGAAACUACAGAUCCAUUCAACGUCACGCUAUCGAACCUCGACAACGAUGACAGCGCAGACGCCUCAUUUCCUCAAACUUCGAACGAGACGUCACCCAACAAGCGCCAGUCACCGAAUAAAUGCCCGUCACCAAAGCAUUCGCCUUCCCCGAACCCGCUGGAUUAUUGGCGAACUUCCAUGGAAUUGAGCGAUACUGAUCUGCGGAAAUUUGGCAUCCUCACUCCGUUCGGUUUUCCGGGGCCCUCUUCGUCGUCACCUCGAGGAGUCACAAAAGUCGAAGAAAGUUUUCAGGAUCCGCCACUCGGCAACAACACCAUGGAACUGUUCGACAGCAAUGGUGAACAGCAAGAGCCUUCCGUCAGCAAUGAAAACGGGAAUCUGACCUUGGAGCUCUUCCCCAAGGCGGUCAUCAUGGAGGCGGAUUCGACCACCCCUGGCGAGGAGUUGAAUAACACCUCCGAUCUCUUCGCGAGCAGCGAGCCGACAUUAAACUGCACUGCCGAUCUCUUCGCGAACAGCGAAGCUCCAUUAAACUGCACUGCCGAUCUCUUUGGUGGAAAUUCAACGAAGAGUUCUGAAGAGCUCAAUAACACUUACCAACUCUUCGAUCAAUCCGCCAUGGAGUGCACGCCCGAGCUUCUGCCUGAUUCGACAAUGGAGCAUUCUGUGUCGUCUUCGCUGUCGUUGGACGAUGAUGGGAACUCGACUCUGACGUUGGAUGAUGACAGCGAUCUCAACACCUCUGGCCCCUCGGGCUUCCUGGCUAACGAGCCGCUUCUAACCGAUGCGCUGGGCCCGACCACGUCUUCGGAACUGCAUUUGGCGAAUGUGGUGCCCCUCGAAUUGGUGCAGUUUUUCGUUCGCGACGCUGGUGGCCUGGAGACGAACGUUUCUGAUUACAACAGGCACCGUGCAAAAAAUUUCCCGGCCGUCGCUUUCACAUUGGGCCAAAAGCACUGGUCGAUGCUCAGGGACACCUAUUUGAGGCUGGCUAACGAUACGCAGACAAACGUUCGUGCCACACUAGCCGCCUCGAUCCACAUCAUCGCGAAAAUCGUUGGCCCGGCGACAACAUUGAAAGAUCUGGUGCCAAUCUUCAACCGCUUCAAGGAGGACGACGAAGCCGUUCGCCAAGGCCUGCUGUCCAAUCUGUCCGAAUUCUUUGAGCAAGUGCCCCCGGAAGCCCGUGGUGAACUGCUGUACGAACUGCCCCAGAUGCUCCGCAUCGAUUCCACGGUCAAUUGGCGAUUCAGGAGUGAAUUUGCAAGCCAAUGCGACCGGCUGUGCCUCCUCUUCGGGUUGCAGGACAUCAACACCGGGCUGUCAGGGCUGGCUCUUACCCUGUGUUCAGACCGCAUCGCCGAGGUCAGGCAGGAGGCGUCCCGGCUCACCGCACACAUUUUGGGCCUGAUGAUCGAGAGCGAAUGGGUCCAAGGCGUCGAAGAGAUGGAACAGUCUGGAAUGCGCUGCACGGAAGCGUUCGUUGCCGACAUCGUUCGCGGUUUUGCCCGUUCCGGCACCUCAAGGAGGCGCAUCACUUUUGCUCGUAUCUGCGAGUUUGCCCUCCAGCAUAAGUACAUCAGCAAGGAACACUACUGCGCCUAUCUCCUCGACCAUUUGACGUUCAUGGCCAAAGAUCAAGUGCCAAAUGUGCGGCUGGCCGUUUGCCGCGUGCUGCUGAUUGCCGGGGAGAUGACCGCAACGUGCGCGAAGACACAGGUCGACGAGGCGCUUGCCGUUCUGGUGGAAGACGAAGACGCAGACGUGGCUCGAGCGGCUCGUCACGUCCGUGAUGGCGAUCGAGUCUACGAAGAAGAAGUCGCCCAGCCAAUCGAUGUCACCGCUCGCGGCGCCAAGAUCCAAGCAAACGAAGAAGCCUAUUUCGCUUCGCUGUCCGCCCACGUGACGGGACGUCGCAACGAGGACGUCGUCAUGAAAGAUGCCAACCCGUCGUCCGCGGCA